CAGCUGGACUGUGAGCUCACCAUGUCUAUCCACUGUCAACUGCUAAUACUGAUACUUGCUCUGACUCUUGAUGUUCAAGGUCAUGAGGCUGUGCCACAUAGCAGACCCUACAUGGUGCUUUUGGAGCAGUACAUGCAGAAUGGUAAAACAACACACUGCGGUGGCUUCCUUCUGAAUGAGGAUUUUGUGAUGACUGCAGCCCACUGCCAAGCCAGGUCCUACACAGCCUGGCUAGGAGUUCACAAUGUCCAUAACAGUAAUGGAGUACAGCGUAUAUCUGUGGAGCAAACAUUUCCACAUGAGGACUACAAUGAAACCAAUUUAAACAAUGACAUAAUGCUUCUUAAGUUGAGCUCCAAGGCAAAAUUCAGCGCAAAAGUGAGACCCAUUGCUCUCGCAGGCCAAGAUGUUGUCUCUCUGCCAAAAUCAUGUAUAGUCUCCGGCUGGGGAAGAACAGACAAUAAUAUACCUUAUAUGUCUGUUGUACUCAUGGAAACCAGUGUAACACUGAUUGACAGUAAGCAGUGUCCUAAUACCAACUUGUACUGCUCUAAGGGAGAAACUGGACCUGGUAAGGGAGAUGGUGGUAUUCCACUGGUCUGUGAAGAUGGAAAGGCGUACGGGUUGGUGUGCUACGACUUCCGACCAGACUCAGGUGGCCCGGAAAUGAAAUGUUAUGCCAAAAUUCCUGACUACAGAAGCUGGAUUGAUUCAACCAUCGAAAAUGCAUUAAAAGGCAAUAUCAUGUUUUGUUUGGCAAGUUGAGUCAAAAGACUGAAAAUAUAUGAAUGUGAUUUGGUUCAUUUAAGAAAAUUACGUUUUUUUUUCACUUUUAAUGGUGCAAUUGUUUUUGUUCUGCUGCCGCAAAUUACAAAUUCAAACCAAGCUGAUGCAGUUUUUUCAAGCUAGACUUAAGUAUGCUUAAAAUCGCUUAAA